AUGUAUGGACUCAAUUCGCCUGGAGUUUCCAUUGAUGAUGUGACACCCCCAGAUCCUGACCCUUUGGCAAGAGCACGAUACUCAUGUCUAUACUGGGUUGAUCCCUUCGAAAAUUGCCAUGACACUGAGAGUGCGAAAGAAGACACCCAGGAGGGUGGAUUAAUCGAGGAAUUUCUAACACGCGGUUUUCUCUACUGGCUCGAGUCCAUCAGUCUCCUCGACAGAGUCUCAGAGGGCAUUGUAGCGAUGCGCAAGCUUGACGACAUUGCUCAACGAAAGAAAACAGUCAAGUCACAAGCAUUUGCUACGAGAGUCCGGGAUGCUUCUCGAUUCAUUCAAUAUCACUGGCGAGCAAUCGAACGCAGCCCACUGCAAGUAUACUAUUCAACACUUCUCUUCAGCCCCACAGGAAGUAUGACCAGGGCAUGCUAUCAAGAUGCUAGACCGGACUGGGUUCUCCAGGAGCCAGUGAUGGACAGCGAUUGGAGUCCAUGUCUUCAGAUCCUUGAGGGGCAUUUUGAUGAGAUUUGUUCGAUUGCCUGGUCGCCGGAUGGAAGCCGGCUCGCUUCAGGGUCAAAUGAUCGCACGGUUAGGGUCUGGAAUCCGGCUACUGGGAGGUGCAUAUCGACCCUCAAAGGGCAUACUAGUUCGGUGUCAUCGGUUACCUGGUCGCCGGAUGGAAGCCGGCUCGCCUCAGAGUCAAACGAUCACACGAUUAGGGUCUGGGACUCGGUUUCUGGGAAAUGCAUAUCGACCCUCAAAGGGGAUAGUAGGUCGGUGGUAUCGAUUGCCUGGACGCCGGAUGGAAGCUGGCUCACCUCAGGGUCAAUGGAUCGCACGGUUAAGGUCUGGGAUUCGGCUACCGAGAAAUACACAUUAACGCUCGAGGUCAAUUAUCCCGAUAGGAUUAAAUUUGAUAAGGCUAAUUCGAGCUAUCUCCAUGCUGAUGUUGGCUCAUUCGACUUUGCAUCUGCUGACCCUAUCGUGACAUUACCUGGCCUUUCUUCUGCUUUACAACAACCAUUCGGAUACAGCGUCAAUGUUCAUUCUCACUGGAUCACAUUGAAAGGCGAAAAUCUUCUGUGGUUGCCCCUAGAGUAUCGGCCAUCUAGCAUCCUAACGUGUGGGCUGUUCCUCAGGUCGAGUCUGGACCCUGACUCUCAGGAAUGA